AUUCGAUCUCUCUCAGGUUAUGCAGGAGUUAGAGAAAGACCAGUUUAAUGGAAUAUUUUCAGUAAACGCAAGAAAGCGAAAACUAGGUAAAACAUUCACUUCAUUUACAGAGAUUGUAUGUAGCCGAAUAUAACUCUUGGAGCCGUGGAAUAGCUGCGACAGAGACAGGGUUUGUGGCAUUCAUUGAAAAAGCAGACCUUUAGUAUGCAAUGCAGCCAUGACAGGCAAGAGUAAGACAGCUGUGAGGACGCUGGAGGAUUUAACACUCGAUUCCGGUUAUGGUGGAGCCGCUGACUCCUUCAGGUCUUCCAGUGUGUCGCUGUGUUGCUCGGACACGAAUCUGUCAUAUGCGCAUGGGGGAAACUGCUGGCAUCUGACCGAAUCUAUGCACAGCCGACACAACAGCUUGGACACGGUCAACACCGUCCUGGCGGAGGACACGGAUAUAUUGGAGUUCUCCAGCCAAUGCGCCAAGCUUCCCGAGCUGGAGGACGUGCCAUGGAGCCUCAGCGAGGUGGAGUGUGCACUCAGGAAGAAAGAGGAGCUAUGUGUUGGGAGCCCGUCACAAGAGGUCCUGGCCAAGCUCUCAGCACUGGUCAGUCGGGCGUUGGUGAGGGUCGCCCGGGAGGCUCAGCGCCUCAGUCUGCGCUAUGCCAAGUGCACCAAGCACGAGAUCCAAAGCGCCAUCAAGAUGGUUCUCUCUUGGACCAUCUCUGUCAACUGCAUCACCGCAGCACUCGGUGCACUUUCGCUCUAUAAUAUGAGCACUAGGGAUAAAUUCUACCGGGGAAAGUCAGCGCGGUGCGGGCUCGUCUUUUCUGUAGGACAUUUUUUCAAGUGGAUGGUUGAGAAUCGAGUGGCACUCCGGGUCCAUGAGCACGCGGCUAUAUACUUCACUGCCUGUGUGGAAAGCCUGUUCCUUGAGGUAUUCAGUCGAGUGCAGCGGAGCGCGCUCAUCGAGAAUGACAACGGUACCUCCACAUUUAUGCUUGAGUCCCUAGAGCAGGCCAUCAACAAUGACUCAGAGAUCUGGGGUCUGCUGCAGCCCAACCAGCACCUCAUAUGUGGGAAGAAUGCAUCUGGUGUGCUGAGCUUGCCGGACAAUCUGACCCUGCACCGGAACCAGCAGGGCUCUGGGAAGGGUGGCAAGGGCAAUGCCAACAAUCAGGCCGAACUCCGCAACCUGGAACAGUCCCUACUAGCUACUCGUGUGGGAAGCAUCGCAGAGCUCAGUGAUUUGGUGUCACGGGCCAUGCACCAUCUCCAGCCAUUGCGCAUUAAGAACCCUAGCAACGGCAUGCCAGUUCACCAGAAGAGCGGCACGGUGCACUGGGAGCCUGAGGCACUCUACACUCUCUGCUACUUCAUGCAAUGUCCCCAGAUAGAGUGGGAGAAGCCCAACUUGGAGCCCUCCAAAGUCACCCUGCAGAUCGAGAGGCCCUUCCUUUUACUGCCACCGCUGAUGGAGUGGAUUCGGGUGGCGGUGGCACACACAGAACACAGGCGCAGCUUCUCUGUGGACAGCGAUGAUGUGAGACAAGCUGCCAGGUUGCUCCUGCCAGGGGUGGACUGUGAGCCACGGCAGCUAAAGGCAGACGAUUGCAUCUUUGCCAACUUGAAGCUUGAUGCGGCGUCCACAGAGGCUAAGUUUCUGCAGGACCUGGGUUUCCGCAUGCUCAACUGUGGCCGGACAGACCUCGUGAAACAGGCGGCCAACCUACUGGGGCCUGAUGGUAUCAACAGCAUGAGCGAGCAGGGGAUGACACCACUCAUGUAUGCCUGUGUGCGGGGAGACGAGGCCAUGGUUAAGAUGCUGCUGGACACUGGGGCCGACAUCAACAGUGAGUUGCUCCUGGAUAGUCGAGACAGCAUGGAGGGGGCCCUGCCAGAUGGAGCAGAUAACUACACUGAGACCCCACUUCAGCUGGCCUCUGCUGCAGGUAACUUUGAGCUGGUCAGUCUAUUGUUGGAGAGAGGGGCAGAUCCCAUGACUGGGACCAUGAACAGAAAUGGCAUCUCAUCUGCCCAACUGGGGGACAUGAACUCAUAUAGCCUGGCAGCAUCACAUGGGCACAGAAACGUGUUCCGGAAGCUUCUGUCUCAUGGAGAGAAAAAAAAGGAUGACGUCCUCUCCCUGGAGGAGAUCCUGGCCAAGAGCUUGGUGCCCGGGGAGAAGAAACCUCCCCAGGCCGUCGGGACCCUCCAACGAACAGGAAAGGCCAAACUGAGGGCCCUGAGAGAGGCCAUGUACCAUAGCACUGAGCACGGCCAUGUGGACAUCACCAUAGACAUCCGCAGUUUAGGUGUCCCCUGGACCCUGCACACUUGGCUGGAGUCUCUGCGCACCUGUUUCCUGCAGCACCGGCGCCCACUGAUCCAGGGUCUGCUCAAGGACUUCAGCUGCAUCCAGGAGGAAGAGUACACUGCGGAGCUCAUCACCCAUGGCCUGCCACUUAUGUUCCAGAUCCUCCAUGCCAGCAAGAAUGAGGUGAUCAGCCAGCUGUCUGUGAUUUUCUCCCAGUGCUAUGGACCCUUCCCUAUCCCCAAACUCACUGAGAUCAGGAGGAAGCAGACCUCGAGACUUGACCCCCACUUCCUCAACAACAAGGAGAUGUCUGAUGUAACGUUUCUGGUGGAAGAAAAACCCUUCUAUGCACAUAAAGUCCUGUUAUUUACUGCUUCAGCCAGGUUUAAAUCCUUGCUCCAAAACAGACCAGCAGCAGAGAACACCUACAUUGAGAUCAGUCAUGUCAAGUACAACAUAUUCCAGUUGGUCAUGCAGUACCUGUAUUGUGGAGGCACUGAGUCCUUGCACAUCAUGAAUACUGAGAUUAUGGAGCUCCUGUCUGCAGCAAAAUUCUUUCAACUAGAGGCCCUUCAACGACACUGUGAGAUUAUCUGCUCCAAGAACAUUGCCGUGGAAACCUGUGUGGACAUCUACAAACACGCUAAGUUCCUCUGUGCCAAUGAGCUGGCGGUCUUCAUCGAAGGCUACUUCCUGAAGAACAUGGUGCUGCUGAUUGAGGUGGAGGCUUUCAAACAACUACUGUAUGAGAUGCCUGUUACUGUGAGCCCCGGACCCUGCCUGAGCCCCAUCUCCGAUGUCCUCCAUGACCUGGAGAAAACUCUAGCCACCCGCAUCCAGUCAAUUCACCUCUCCUCCUCCAAGGGCUCCAUUGUGUGACCUCUCUGGGUUAUUUAAACACACUUACAAUCACCCAGUAAUGUUACUGCAACAUCCACUACCCCAGUUCAUUCACCUGUCCCCUGAUGUUAACAUUUUCAUAACAUCCCUUUAAUGUUACUGCUAUUUCAAACCCUGUCCAUCUACCUGUCCAAGCUAGGGAAGGCUAUUGGUUUAUGUGACAGGUCUGGGUGCUUACGCUUUCACAACAUUGCUGCAGAGUUACACUGCAGCAUCCAGCCAUCUGACAGCUCCAUUGUCUUCUCUUUGUUACAGGUUUGAACAUUGUUGUAAUACUCCUCUAACGUCACUGCACCAUCGAAUACAUAAAGGAAAUAUUUUAAAAAAUGUAUGACUUGUUACAGGCAUAUAAUAUGCCCAUGAUAAUAAAAUGUACAAUUGUAUUUCAUAUGAGAUGCAUACGUAGAAUAGGUCCCUUUUGCUGAAAGAGUGGAACUUGUAGAAUAAAAACUCUACUUUGAAAAAUGAACUCAUUCAGUGGUUAGUAUCUGGUAUGAGAGUUUACUUGGCUUUGUAAUAUUUUUGUUUGUAUAAUUGGGAUGCAAAUCUGUUUGGUGACAGAGCAGGUGACUAAAGUAAAGGAAAAAAUGUCUAACUUUAACUUUAACUAAACCAACCACAAAAAGUUCACUGUAAAAAAAAUCUGGUUGUUUUUAUGGUAACUUAGUGGCAGCCAGUUACUGUAAAAAAAGACACAGUAUGUUACUGUAAAUUCCAAAGAAACUUUGGUUUAACAGUAUAUUACUUUACAUUUCAAUAAUGUACUGUUAAAUCAAAGUUUUUUUUACAUUAAUGGAAAGUUACCAUAAGUUGUUUUUAAGUUACAAUAAAAACAACAUAAUUUUUUUACAGUGUAUUCUUUGGAAGUGCAUUGUAGCAAUGAUUUCAGAGUGAUUUGAGAAUGUAAACACAUAUGCCAACUCAUUAUCUUCAUGUGUGGGACAGCAUCUCACUCAGUCGUCGAUAAAGUAUGCGCUGAUGGAACAUUUACACAACUGACCAAUACUUCAGUGCUCCUUGAACUGUACUCCCAACAAUCAUUAUCCAUUUAUGUUUGAAACAUGGAUGUUCAACUUAGACCAAACUUAUGAUAUAUUUAUAAACAAUGUCAAUAAUUUGCAUGACACCUGUACUACUGUACUACCCUACUGUUGCGUUUCAGCAGAGCCAACCUCAUAGACUACUUUGGAGGGAAGUGAAGAGUUUUCUAGCUAUGACGAGUCAGACUCAUACUGGUACUCUCGAGAAGGAAGGGUCUUCAUGCUGUAAUUGUGGGAAACAAGGUAAAUAUGUAAUGAAAGUCAAUUCUGUUGGUCGUUCUUUCUACAAACUAAUGUACAGUAUAUUUAAUUCACCUACAGUUGCUUGGAUAACAGCAUUGCUCUUGUUGGAUGUGUUACCUGCCCAAACAUUGUUCUUAAAUGUUCAAUACUGGUAAUGCAACAUUGCAUGUUAAAUGUACAGUAUGAAUCUUUAGAUUUUUCUGUUUAAGACUUUUUUUCGAAAUGUGUGUGUUAUUCAGAUUGGUAUAAGUGAGUAAAAGGUAUUAGUCUCUGAUAUAUGUAGGAUUUCAAGCAUGGGAUGUUUUCCUUCUAUACUGUGCAACUACUGAUGCAUUCCAAAUAAUCAAGGUUAAAAGGUGACACGGUAGUUCUUAGGUGAUCCCCAAAAUAGUUGAUUGCCAUGAUAAGACAUUGUCAAAUCACGUGUAGAUAUUGAGAUAUACUGUAUGUAUAAUAUGCAUAAGGUAUUAUGGUGCAUGAAGUGGUAACACUUUUUUUGGGUAGUCCAUCUGUAGAACAGAACUAUCUGUUGAUAAGCAACUCCUUGCUAAGGUUACGGUUAGGGUAAGGUUUAGAGUUAGGGUUAGUAGAUAGUAAUUUGAAACGUUGCUGAUAGUCUGUAGAUAGUCAGUCUGUAGAGCAUCUACAGAUGAUCAAACUAAAGUGUUACCCAUUAAGCAACAUCCAUCUAUUACAAGCUGUACAAGCAUUUCGCUACACUCGCAUUAACAUCUGCUAACCAUGUGUAUGUGACAAAUAAAAUUUGAUUUGAUUUAUUAGAUAUCUAUUUUCAAUAUAAUUCCAGGGACAUAGAUUAAUAAAAUAGUUGCUGUGCAAGAAAUGUCAUAGAACACCAUUUCAGAUUGCUUUAAAGCCAUAUGUUUCAGCUUAUUCUAAAUCAACAUGACCAGAGAGAAUAGAGGGAGGAAACCACAAAACUGGCUUUGGGUCAAAAAGGGCACAGUAUGUCAGCCAUUAAAAUAAGAUUUCUCCUUUUACCUACUAAAAAGAACUGGGUGAUAUUUAAUUUAGGUUAUUGUUAACUCAUACCAUUUUAGCUGGAGCCUAAGGGUUGAAUAGUGAUUAAGUAUGAAUAUUUGAGGACAUUUAAAACGUGUAAAUAAUAAAAAAAUGAAUUAUAAUAUUAUUUUUUUUCUACCCCAUACACAGCACUGUUUUAUUUCAUGAUUGUCCACUGUUACUUUGUUUAACAAAGUGAAACAUUUUAUAAAAAGAUCUGUCUUCAGAUUUAGCUAAUAUUUUAUAUAGGGCAGUAUUACGUCCCUGCAAAAAUAGGGCUAUUAUUUAAAAAGGUCUUCUGUGACAAAUGUUGGCAUUUUUAGUGAACAAGCAAACCCCAUCUACAGGGCCGUAAACCUGAGUAGCUUUGAUGUAUCUCAUACUAAACAACUCAAAUUAACACUCUGGGAAGGGUGUGUGACUUUUAUGCUAUGUUUAUAACAUCUGACAUUCUGUUUCAAAGGAUUUCCACAUUCCCUAACACACCUGUACGUUCCAACUGACACAAUGUUUUAUGUAAAAUUGCCAUUGCAUUUUCAAACAUAUUCAAAACUAAGCUUUUUUUCAACCAUUUUAUUUCAAAACAAUUACAGUAAGGUACUUAAUUGUUACCCAGAAAUUAUUUGAUAUUGAAUUAAAAAUGGCUGUGCACUGUGUGUGCAAUUGUUAUGACUAGAUGGGCUCCUCACAUGCUCAUACUCAAAGACUUGGGGUUGGAUUCAAUCCGUAUCGCGGAAUAUCUACAUUAUAGCUUGAUUUAAUUUAAAAGGCAGCGUAAAUUUUAACGCAGAUCUCCUGCGAUACGGAUUAAAUUCAGACCUUGGUAUAUGAGAAAAAGCAAUUCGGAUUGAAUAGAGCCCCAAGUAUUUGAGUCCCAAGUAUUUGAGUCAAGGAUGAGCAUGUGAGGAGCCCAUCUAGUCAUAACAAUUACACACACAGUGUGUGUGUGUGUGUGCAAUACAUACAGUUGAAGUCGGAAGUUUAUUAUCUACUUAUCUA